AUGGCUCCCUUGCUGGCCUGGGGAGAUGGUGCAUCUGAUGCAUCCCGCAGCGAGAGCCAGGAUGUGUCGCAAAUGCCGCAUGAAUACAUUUCAGACCUCUUGGAAGAGAUCCAGACCUUCGUGUUCCAGCGGCGCAUUCGAAUCAAGGACAACUUCAAAGACUUUGAUCUUGCGCGCACAAGCCGCUGCACCAAGCCCAACUUUGCCCGAGCUUUGUGCUCCGUGGUGCCCUUUCUCAAGCCAUUUCAAGUUGAUGCAUUGGCUGAGCACUUCACAGAGAGGAAGUUGGAGGUUCGUUGGCCACGAGAGGUGAAUUAUGUGCUAUUCUGUGAGGCGAUCAACGACGUCUUUGGACCCUCCAAGUUGGAGAAGAGCCCCAUGCAAAAGGUGCUGUUGCCAGGAGAACGGCUACGAAGUGCUGGUGGAUACUUCAAGCCGAAGUCCUUUCCCGGCGAUGAGGAUCGGCUAGGAACGAUUCUGAACAAGGUAGCUGUGCUUUGUCGCACUCGUGGCGUGGAGCUCUCCAGUUGCUUGCGAGCGAAGACGGGCAAUGAGUGUCCCAGAGGUAGUGGCAAAGUACCCAGCUCUGUGCUGCUUCAGCGCUUUCCCUUCAUGUCCCAGUUCAGCAAUGAAGACAUAGACAUCCUGGUCCGAAGAUACACGGACAAGCACGGGACGGUGCAUCUACAUGCGCUGGAGAUGGACGUGUUGGAGAUAGUUGAGGCCAACCGCGCAGAGGAAAUUUCAGCAGGCGUUUACAGCGACCAAGAUGAAGAUGAUGAAGUCCCUUGUGGUCUGGAGGACACAAUCUCACAACCUUCAAGGAGCUCUCGGCCAGUCAGCUCCAACCUGGAGGAUCAAAGGAGACCGAUCAGAUCUGCUAGCUCUGGUGGCCGCCGUGCAAGGCCACAAACUGCACCAAUGCGGCGGGAGCCGUUGGUCAGAAUAUCUCUGGAUCAGGUUCUUGCAAAGAUCGCUUCCAUCAUGCGGAAACGAAGCCUGAGGCUGCCGGAGCGCUUCAUUGACUUUGAUCGCUUGCGCAAGGGGGUAGUGGCCGCAGGGCAGAUGCGAUCAACGCUGGCAAUCCUGGGUUUGGACCUUCAACGUGCGGAGCUGGAAGUGCUGGAGAAGGCUUACAGCUCCAUCGGCCCAGGUGAUGCUGCCACCGAUCCGAGAAAUUUCUUUCGCUACCGCGACUUUUGCAAAGAUGUUGGGCGACUGGAGGCGGCAAAGGCUGCACAAAAGGAUGGAAGUCAAAGGUCAUCCUCUAAUUCGCGCUUGACAAAACUGGUGAAUAUCAUCAAGUCCAAAGCAAGGGCGCGGAGAUUGGAACUCUACGAUGCAUUCUUGGAGAGGAAUAGGGGUGGUAUCCGGGGACGAGUACGUCGAAGCACGGUGCUUCGCGUGAUGCAUGCACUCGGCUUCCCUCUGACUGAUUUGGAGGUGGACACGCUAUGCGAGGGCUUCAGUGAUGAAAUGGGUUUUAACUACUACAAGUUUUGCUCCGCUGUUGAUCCCUUCAUGGUAACAACCCAUGAAAAGACGGAGAAGGCGAAAAAGAUUGCGCCUAUCCAGAUCCCAACCACGGUGUACUUUGACGCCUCCAACCGCGUGGCCGGGAGAUCCCAUCUGGCUGGUGCCACACCCUGGCAAGAUGAUCAGACCAUCCUCCGCUCCACAGUUUCGACGUUGACCUCCGGUGAGGCCGCAGGGGAUGAGACAUGGUGUCGCUGUUUCACUAGUCACCUGGUCAGAUUUUCCUGGGGCCUUGACUUCAUUGACAGUUCCCGACAUCGCUUGCCCCCAGCAGCUGCAAAUGCAGCGGGGCGGCACGCGUCGCGCGUCAAGGCACGAGUUCAGAUUGGUGCCAUGGGCGCCGUUUCCAAAUUGACCGACUCAGUAGCAGACCCCCCUGGUCGGAAAUCGGCAGACCCGUGCUUCGAGCAAUGCAACCCCAUUCCUGACCUCAGACUGAGUAUGUGUCCAUUGGUGUCUAAAGUAGGCGCAUUCAUGCAUACAGAUGACGCCAAGGCGGAUUCGGCUGCUUCAUUGGUGAAGUGCCGUGUGAGGGUCGUGCGGGAAGACACUGGACGGCAGCAGGAAUUUACUCUUCGUGAAGGGACGGUGCUGCGACUUGGGAGGAGCCCUGAAAAUGAUGUGGUGCUGGAGCGUGAAGGUGUCUCGCAUUUCCAUGCUGAGCUCUUCAUUCGUGAUGCAGGCUUUGCCGUCGCAGGGGGUGCGCUGUGCAUCAAAGACAAGUCAAAGAACGGCACGGCCGUGCGGCCUGGCGUUCUCAACGGUGAAACGUCAAAUGAUGGCGACAGAGUUUGGGAAACGUUGCGCCGUGGCGCGUUCAAAGUCUUGGACAAUGGCUGUGAAGUGUCACUUCCUGCCAGAGCCCAUCGUGAAGGGCCGAAGGCCACCUUGAAGCUCUACCUCAACCAGGUCUCUCAAGUUGAUGAGGAGGAGUUGAACGGUGAAGUGUGGAGACCUUUUGAGGAAGUCUAUGCUCAUCACGCCCUGGACGCCAAUCUUUCGGAGGACGCACCGACCGCAAAAGCGGCUGAGCCAAGGCCUCCGCCACCGCCGGACCUGGAUGGAGGAGCCUUUGAAGAACCUCCACCACCGCCACAGGCAACAUUGGCCAAGCUUGCUGCUGCAUCUCCACCGCCACAGGAGACGCUGAAGCCGCCUCCGCCACCGGAGCUUAUGGAUGAACAUGUGCGUGCAAGGAUGCAGUGGAUGGGCAUAGCCAAAGGCCCACAGGCUUUGAAGGCUCCGAAGGCUCCCAAGGCUCCGAAAGUGCAGAGGAAGCGGAAGCAGAGGAUUCCGCAGAGUCCCAAGGCUAAAGCAAAGGACAAAGCCGUUCCCACCUCCAAGCCGCCGCCGGCACCGGUGGCAUCGCCGGCGGUACUGGAUCCGAAGGUUGCUGCAGCCUGGGGCUUGCCGAUCUCCCUGGUGACAGAUGGCCAGCAUCGUUCCCAAGAUGGUGGCCCAAUGAGGCCAAAAGAUGACAAGAAAAAUUGCAAAAAAGAGCAGGAGUAUCCUUCGAGUUCUGACUCCAAGCCAAAGAGAAGGAAGAAGUCGAAGCAUAAAGCUCAGAAGAAAAAGCUGAAGCAGAAAACCAAGGAGAAGUCGAAGGACAAGCGAAAGAAAAGACGGAAGGCAUCCAGCCCAUCGCCAGAGCCCACUGACAGCAGUGAGGCUCACCAGGAGUCCAGCGACGCCACGCAAAUUGUGGAGGAGGAUUCAGAUGACCUCACUCAGAUUGGGGAGGAUGAGGUCAGCGAAGCCACCUCAACCAAGGUCGAUUUGAAAAAAAAUGUGAGAAAGGAAAACGCAUAA